AUGUCAUCAUCGAAGAAAAAACUUGAUUUUUUUCGAUGUUUACGUUCAUCAUCGCCUGUUCGUACACAAACGAAAAAUGAACAACAAAGAUCAAAAGAUAGUAGUUAUUGUUGUUAUUCAACAAAAACAAAGACAGAAUUAUCAUUGUCAACGACAACAACAACAUCAUCUGGAGCCACCAUUGGAUACAAUACAAAAGGUUUUUUUAAAAGAAUUCAAUGUUUUAAAGCUCAUAAAAGGAAAAUUCCAUGUCGAAAACAUUUAUAUAAAGCCAAUGGCACAUCUGAACAGCAAGAAGAAACAACAACAAAAAUUGAUACAACUAGACGACAAACUAGAAAUGAUAAUUUCUCAGAUGAUAUUAGUGUUAUAUCACCGACAAAACUAAUUCGAAAUUCUCAAUCAAUUCCAUUAUUAUCGACAAACGAUUCAAAUAACUAUCAUCAUGAAAUAACAACAACACCGAUCGCCUCAUUCUAUAAUUCUACAUCACCAUUUUACUCGUAUAAAGGUGAAAAUAAUUUAUUAUUAAAUGGAAAUAAUCAAAAUGAAUCGUGCUCACUCGUCGAUAUUGAAGUAGUAUCUACUAAUGAUACGACAACAUAUCGAUCAUAUACACCAAAUUAUUAUUUAACAAAUAUAAAUA